AUGGAGGUUGAGGACGGAGCAGAGCUCUGCUUUCCACUACUCCUCAACACCUCUUGCAGGAAGCCUGCCUCUCCUUGGCCUGAAGCUGUGCUCCUUCGCAUUGUGCUGUCCUCCAUCUCUCUCCUCACUGUCGCUCUCAACCUGCUCGUCAUCGUCUCAAUCUCCCACUUCAGGCAGCUCCACACUCCCACUAACAUCCUCCUCCUCUCUCUGGCUGUCUCAGACUUUCUCGUGGGUCUCCUGCUGAUGCCGGUAGAAAUCAUCCUGAACACAGUCUGCUGGUUCCUUGGUGAUCUGAUGUGUUCCCUGUAUAAUUAUGUGUCCUUCAUCAUUACCUCUACUUCAGUAGGAGACAUGGUGCUCAUAUCGGUCGACCGUUAUGUAGCUAUUUGUGACCCUCUGCAUUACACCACCAGAGUCACUGAGAGAAGAGUUAAACUCUGUGUUUGUCUGUGUUGGUUCUGUUCUGUUCUCUACAACAGUCUGAUCGUAAAGGAUGACCUGACUCAUCCAGACAGACAUGACUCCUGUUAUGGAGAAUGUGUGAUUGUUAUUGAUCAUACUGCCGGAGCUGUUGACCUUGUUUUGACCUUUGUUCUUCCCAUCACUGUCAUCAUAGUUCUGUACAUGAGAGUGUUUGUGGUGGCUGUGUCUCAGGCUCGUGCCAUGCGCUCUCACAUUACAGCUGUCACACUGCAGCGUUCAGUGGCUGUAACCACAAAGAAAUCUGAGUUGAAAGCAGCCAGGACUCUUGGUGUUCUUGUAGUUGUGUUUCUAAUGUGUUUUUGCCCAUUUUAUGUUGUUACUCUUGUAGGAGAUGACUUGAUCAAUAACUCAUAUUCAUCCUGUGUGCUCUAUAUCUUCUAUUUGAACUCCUGUCUAAACCCUAUAAUCUACGCCUUGUUUUACCCCUGGUUUAGAAAAGUUAUCAAACUGGUUGUCACUCUGCAGAUUCUGCAGCCUGGCUCCCGUGAGGCCAACGUACUGUAGAGAGGCUGUGGAGUGACUGAGAUUACACCUGCUCUAUGAACACAGUAAUGAAUAAGGUCACAGUGUUCUGUGAGUGUAAAUUAUAUGUUGAUAAAAACAUCUUUUUUAAUCAUGUUGUUCAAUAUGUGAAUUCACAAAGUCAAGACAU